GUUGUGCUCUUCAGCAAGGCCUUUUUACCCUAGAUCUCAAAAAUAGAAUUCAAUUAAGGAUUGUUGUUUAGAUUGUGUAUAAUGUUCAAUACUGAUGGUUGAUGAGGGAGUGGUGGUUGAGAAGGGGCUUUGAUGACAUAGACGCCACUUCCUCUGUCUUUAAAAGUCAGACCGACAGAGAGACAGCAGUAACCAGGGUUUAAGUGUUGGAGAUGUUACUGCACUGGUGUCUGCUGUUGAUCGGUUUCUCUCUCAGCACAUCAACCACAGCAGCAGAAGCAAUUCUCUGGGUGAAGACAGGGGAGAAGUUUACCAUGAAGUGCUCCACCACUCUAAAAGACCAGGACGGAAUGUACCUGUAUGUUGGGCUGGACAGGGACAGGGAGGUGUUGUAUUACUACCAGCGUGGCUCCAAGCUGACCUCCAGGAAAGGCUACUGGGACAGAGUGACGACUGAGGGACCUGUGGACCAACUGACCAUCACCGUCAGUAACCUGACCAUAGAGGACACAGGAGUCUACUGGUGUGUUUACACAAAAGUCAACAAAUCCACGUUCAAUAAUUUUAGCACCCAAGGCAAAGGCUCCACUCUGGUGGUGGUGAAUGACGAUGCCCCACAGCUGCCAUGUCCUACAGCUACUGCAGUAACGCUGACCCCCUUUCAUCUGGCCAAUGAGAAGCUGUGCCCAUCUGGCGUGGUAAACAUCAUCAUCAUCAUCAUCAUCACCAGCCUCUUGACCAUCCUGCUGUGUGCUGUCAUUUUCCUCAUCUGGGUCGCUCCACGGGUGAAGAGGUGCUGUAACCAGGGAGGAUCCACACCCCAGGUCUUUCCUGAGUCUGUCUAUGAAGACAUGGCCAGGAAACACACUUAUCCACCAGACACACAGGUAGAAUCGUAGGUAGCAAUUGUACCCCUAUUCUGUCUCUACCAACGGAGGAACUAGGACCAGUGAGUUCUUCAAAUGCUUUUUCUGAAUAUUGCUUCUUUACUUUCUCAGAAUUGAAAAGCCUGUUCUGCUGUAUUUCACAGUUCUAGCCUCAAUGCAAGUCUUUGUGGUAAAUUGUCUGUGUGUGUGUGCACGUAUGUGUCGCACCAUACCAUGCUUAUGUGUGUGAAUAAAAUCUCUAUAUGAUAAGUAUUCGUAUUUCAACAGAAGACCAGCGGGAAGGAGGGGAACAGCCAAUGUUAUAUUCCAGGGCUAUUCAACUAUAUUCUUACGGGUGCUAGAUGUAAAAAAGUUUUAUUUCAGGGAGGGCGGACAUUUUCCACAUGCAAUGCACACACACCAAUAAAAGAAAAGGCUCAACGCUCGCUCACCAUUUUAUUAUUUAUUUAUCUCAAUAAAUAAGACAAUAACUAUAGUGCUUUUCAUUUUGGCACUGAACGUCA